UAUUUAUCUUAAACUGAAAUCCAAAACGCAACCCAUUAACACAGUACAUCUUCUCAAAUAUCCACGAUGGAAUCCAUGGCUUUUCUCUCAAACCCAGUUUUUUUCGCAGCGUUGACUUUAAUUCUAUCCCUUUUGACCGUCCAAAUCUUGGCCAAAAUACUGAACAAAAGCAAGCCACAACGGAAGUACCCACCCAUUGGCGGUACUAUGUUUCAUCAGCUCCUCAACUUCAAGAGAUUGCACCAUUAUAUGACUGAACUUGCUGAGAAGCACAAGACUUACAGGAUUAUCAGCCCCUUUAGGAAUGAGAUCUACACUUCUGAUCCUGUCAACGUUGAGUACAUACUCAAAACCAACUUUGAGAAUUAUGGCAAGGGUUCAUACAACUGCGACAUUCUGAGGGAUCUUCUAGGUGAUGGGAUUUUCGCGGUAGACGGCGAGAAGUGGCGCCAACAGAGGAAAAUUUCCAGCCAUGAAUUCUCCACAAAGGUGUUGAGGGACUUCAGUACUGUGAUCUUCAGAAAAAAUGCAGCAAAAGUGGCUGACAUAUUGUCCGAAAUCGCGAAAACCAACAAGACAAUCGAUAUCCAAGAUCUGUUCAUGAAAGCGACCCUGGACUCGAUAUUCCAAGUUGCAUUUGGAGUUGAAUUGGACAGCAUGUGUGGAUCAAGUGAAGAAGGGAAAAGUUUCAGCAACGCUUUCGACGAUGCAAGCUCGUUGACUCUCUGGCGCUAUGUUGACGCCUUUUGGAAACUCAAGAAGUUCCUUAACAUCGGAUCAGAAGCUACCUUGAAGAAGAAGACCGAUAUCAUCAAUGGAUUCGUGUUCAAGUUGAUUCGCAACAAAAUCGAGCAAAUGAAGAGCUCAAAAGAAGAGUACUCCAUGAAGAGAGAAGAUAUUCUGUCAAGGUUCUUGCAGGUAACCGAGACCGAUCCGACUUACUUGCGAGAUAUAAUUCUCAAUUUUAUCAUUGCUGGAAAGGACACAACAGCAACCACACUUGCCUGGUUUAUUUACUUGCUUUGCAAGCAUCCUCAUGUACAAGAUAAGAUUGUGAAGGAGCUGAGAGAACUGACCAACGCAAAAGAGGUCACAAACUUUGUUGAGUUUGCCAACAGUUUGAGCGAAGAAGUACUCGAAAGCAUGCAGUAUCUUCAUGCAGCAAUCACUGAGACUCUUAGAAUCUACCCUGCAGUUCCAGUGGAUGCAAAGAAUUGCUUCUCAGACGAUAUGUUGCCGGACGGAUUCGCGGUGAAGAAAGGAGAUAUGAUGGCAUACCAGCCAUAUGCAAUGGGCAGGAUGAAGUUCAUAUGGGGUGAUGAUGCAGAGGAAUUCAGACCAGAGAGAUGGCUGAAUGAGAAAGGAGUUUUUCAGCCAGAGAGUCCUUUCAAGUUCACAGCCUUUCAGGCAGGGCCGCGGAUUUGUCUAGGAAAGGAGUUUGCUUAUAGGCAAUUGAAGAUCUUCGCUGCUGUUUUGCUAAGUUGCUUUGUGUUCAAAAUGAGUGACGAGGAGAAAAUUGUUCAUUACAGGACAAUGAUCAAUCUUCAUAUUGACGGAGGUCUUGAAGUUCGCAUCUUCCGCAGGAAUGGAAAUUAGGAGUGAAUUAGAGGAAUGCCACUUUCAGGAGUUUUAAUUCAAAUAUACCACUUUGUUAGGAAAUCCAAGUCUUAAGUUUCACAGUAAAGUAGUACAGGUGAAUAACUAAUUUACCAUGGAUAUUAGCUUGUAAAAAUACUUAUAUGUUUUUAAAGAGUAAUGUCCAUUUUUGACACCAAUCUAGCGUCAUGGUCCAUU